CAGCUUUACGACGGUCCCCUAGCAGUGUCUGAUGGUCGAGCAGCCUUCGUGGUAAGAGUGAGUGGAGCAAGAGCUAUCCAGCAGCAUUAUCCGAAGAGGUACUGAGUCAUUCAGCCUCGCCAAUUCUGCUCACAGGGAGCUCUGUUCAUCAUGGACAUUGACGCAGCAAUCAAGUCGGCUCAUGAUGGAGCAAGUCAGCGCGGCGCCUAUGCCAUCUACGUCCUGAGAAUGCCGCACUUGGACUUCGAGCUGACCUGGAGCGUUCACUUAGAUUCCACUUCCUUGACGGCGGUGGUAGAUUCCGAUGGAUUCCUCCAUCGGGUACGUCCUGGCACGCGAAGGCAAAGAGAUGGAACUGUGGAAGAGAGCACCAACGAACGUGUCGUCACCUCGUGGUGGGAGCGGGAGCUGGCACACGACUACGACGAGGAAAUGCAUCCAAGCCAGAAGAUCUUAGUAUUUGACUUUGGUCAGCUCGCAAGAGAGACGCACGCGGCAGGCGCACAGACUCCUGACAAUCAACGAGGCAAAUCCAAGACCUUGUGUUACCCUAGUGGCCUAACACUAGCCGCUUUGCAAAGAUCAGGACACAUGUUGAUGAGGCCAUUCCGGGAGAAGGGUUGCUUCGAUGAAGGGUCCACUCCCGACAGCGAAGACGCCAUGAGGAAUUGGGAAGGUAUCGACGAUGACGUGUGGGUGCCAAGAAGCGUCGCAUGCCAGUGUGUUCCCGUCUGGCGACCGGCCGGGUGAGCGUUCAGAAGCAAAUGCGGCAGCAGACCUGUCUCUGCGAGCUCGAGAGAAUCAGAGGACAGUUGUACAGCGGAACUCUAUCAGACCGGAUGACACCAAAGAUGACAAGACAAGGGCAGCACGUCGUGGCCCUAAACAGAGAGGCGCAAUCCGUAGCAGUCUCGACGACCAUACGGUAGAGACUGACACUGGCGAUGCGACCGAGCCGCAAACAAGCGAGUCUCUAUACCCACGACUUUCCCUACCCACUCUUUUGCGCCAAUCCCCAUCCACACCUGUCCCCUCUGUCACCCGUGUAACCGAGAUCGAGCUCCUCACUUUUCAAUAGACAUCCAACUCGUCUAAUGUCG